AUGCUUUCUAACAUCGUUCCGCUCCUACUGCUCAGCUCGAGUGCAGCAGCUGCGGUCGUUAGCAGGGCGCCACCAGCUGGGUUCGUUACAACGAAGGGAAAUGUCUUCAAGCUUGACGGAAAGGACUUUUACUUUGCGGGAAGCAAUGCCUACUACUUGCCGUUCGACGAGCUUGUAUCCGACGUCGAAGCCGGCCUCAAAGCCGCAAAGAAGGCUGGCCUAAACGUGAUGCGCACAUGGGGCUUCAACGACAAGAACCGGACGACCAUCACAGGCGGCCUUCCCAACUACGGCGGAGAAGGCGCCGGCCCAAGUCCAAACGUCAUGCAAUGGUGGAAUAACGGCACAUCGCAGAUCGACCUUCAACCCUUCGAUAAAGUCGUCGACGCAGCCAAGAAAACAGACAUGAAGCUCAUCGUUGCGCUGACGAAUAACUGGGCCGACUACGGCGGUAUGGAUGUCUACACCGUCAACCUCGGUGGGAAGUAUCACGACGACUUCUACCGCGACCCCAAAAUCAAAAAGGCAUUCAAGCGUUACGUCCGCGAGUUCGUAAACCGGUAUAAGAAAUCCGCCAACAUCAUGGCUUGGGAACUAGCCAACGAGCCCCGCUGCGGCGCAGACGGUGUCCGCAACCUCCCCCGCAGCGAAACCUGCACGCCCGCGCUCAUCACAGCAUGGAUCAAGGAAACGAGCGCGUACGUCAAGGAGCUCGAUCCGCACCAUCUCGUCACAUGGGGCGGCGAAGGCGGGUUCAAUCGCAAGUCGGAUGACUGGGCCUACAAUGGGUCUGAUGGCGGAGACUUUGACGAGGAGCUCAAGAUCGCGACGAUUGAUUUCGGCGUAUUCCAUUCCUAUCCCGAUUGGUGGAGUAAGACGGUUGAAUGGACGACGCAGUGGAUCAAGGACCAUGCGGCUGCUGCUCGAGCAGUUGGCAAGCCUGUUGUGCAUGAGGAGUAUGGGUGGCUUACUGAUGAUAAGAGGCAGGAGUAUCUGGGCAUAUCAUCGAAUUUGACGAGGACGGAGGUUGUGGGCUUGUGGCAGGCGACUAGCUUGAAAGAAAAGAUGCCGGACAUGUACUGGCAAUUUGGCUAUUCGGGGUAUUCGUAUGGACGGAAUAACGACGAUGGUUUUACGAUUUUCCUGGACGAUGCUGAGGCGAAGAAGUUGGUGUACGAGCAUGCUGCUGCGGUCAACAAACUGAAUCACAGAUAG